AUGGUAGAAAUUAUUCAAAAAAUCCAUAAUUUUUCACUCUGUAUAUCGCCUGCAAUUCUGGAAGUCUAUGAAGGCGAUACUCUAAGAAGUAUAAUGAAUCAAUUAAAUGACAUUCAAAUUGUUAUUGCGCAAUUUUACCAUUCAGUCUUCAGAAAAUCAAUUCCAAACUGGCUAACUCACAAUGAUUCUAAGAAUACAGUUACCUUAAAUCAAGCUCAAGAAUUUUAUUUCAGCAUUUACUCGCUCUUCAAAGAUACUGACAAUCCAGGAACUCUUUUUGUUAGUGAAAAACUGUUAGCAAGCUUCAAAUUUGAAUUAGCAAAAUUAUAUAGUUUAAUUCAAUUUCUUAAGAAACCUAAAGAGAAAAAAGAACGCGGCAUCAUUGAUCAUCUUUGGGACAGAUUCCUUAAAACUGCUCCUGCAAUUAUUACUCUUUUUGCAGAUGAGUUUAAUAUCUUUUGGAAAAAGGCUUAUCUUAUUCCAUGGAUUACAAUACUUUUGUUCGAAUUGAUUCGAGCCAAUCACCUUAAUUAUUCCAUCAGUUACUGUCAUUGUUCAUGCUCUCAACUCGGUUACGGACUCAUUGGAGGUCUUUUCGAAGGUGUAAAAGUUGCAACUGUUUGGACAUUAACUAACGCCCUCGAUAAAACUUUUUCCCCUAUGUAUGACAAAAAUAAGACAUUGAUUCUUCAAGAAAUCAAUGGCAUUAUAGGCAAUGAAACUCUGACUCAAAUCAAAGAAAUACUAGGUGAAGAAAAGGUAAACAAGAUAACAAACAUUAUUAAUCAAGCAGAAAUUACAAUUAAAAACAAUGUUAUUGCAAAAAAGGUUCAAAUCGCUCCAAUAUAUAUCGCAGUUAACAUCGCGACCAAAUACAUAGUAGACGGUCUAUUAAUCUUUUAUUUUAUUGUUAAAAGUGAUGUUAAUUAUAGUGAUAAAUUUUUUGUCAAAUUACGCAAAAAACUUCAAAAUCGCAGUGCUGCUGACAUCCAUAUUUUCGGAAUGUUAACUACCUUUCCAAGUUCAGAUAUUAUUUACGAAAACAUACCGGCACCCCCUGGUUAUGUUCCCAAUCCCAAAAAUGAUGAUCAAAUUGACAAUAAUGAACAAGCAGAUUCAAAUGCACAAAACGCUUAG